AUGGAGAAAUUUAAAGAUAUUAUCACACUGGGAAACGAUAUAAAUUGGAAGUGUCCAGAUGACUGGGAACUAAGAGGCAGUACAUGUUAUAUAGCAUUUGAUUUUGAAACAACUUGGCAUGAUGCCUCUGAAGUAUGUGAAUCGCAAGGUGGAAUGUUGGUGACAGUAGAAGGGUUUAUACAAAAUGAAGUUAUCAGUGGAGUGGUAUCUGGAUAUUUAUAUGAGAUACUACCAGAUAUUACAACACAGUUCUGGUGUGGAUUCCAUGGCUAUGUUGACUCUUAUUACUGGGCUGAUGGUGGUAUAACCACAAUAAUGGAAGGCAAUUGGGACUGGAAUAGUGUUAAUCUAGUGAUACCUAAUAAUGCUGUUGAUGAAUUAGAGGAGACAUGUGCUAGCAUCAAUUGGAAUAACACGCUACAUCAAUGGGUUCAAAGCGAUUGUUCCAAUGCAUUCUCAUUUGCAUGUCAAAUGCCAGCUUGUCUAGAAGAUGACUUCCACUGUAAUAAUGGACUUUGCAUUCAGGGAUCACAGCACUGUGAUGGAUAUGAUGACUGUGGGGAUAUGUCAGAUGAACUGGGAUGCCCAGGUGUGUGUGGUGGCAUACUUGAAGGACUGUCAGGGAGCAUUGAGAGUCCUAAUUAUCCAAAUAAUUAUCCAAAUAAUGUUGAAUGUACAUGGAAAAUUAUUGGACCAGUAGGAACCAAAAUGACACUACAUGUAACCUCUCUAGACUUAGAAGAUGACAAUGACUUCCUUAAACUAUUUAAAGCAGUAAACCCAGUUGAAAAAAAGUUAAAAGUAAAGUAUACUGGUUCAGAAAAUAGAUUUUCAAAGAAAACUAUGCCAAGUCAUGUAGCAUCUGUGGUGUUUAAAAGUGAUGGCAGUGUUACCAAUUCAGGAUUUGCUCUUGAUUGGUAUGCAGCAGCAGAGAAUUCCUGCAAGAAGUCAGAGUCUAAGACAGUAGCAUGGAAUUAUGUAGAUCUUAUCAGCCCGGGACGAAUAUUUAAUAGUAACUACCCAGAAUCAGCAACUUGUAUCUGGCAUUACAUGGGAAUCAACGUGCGAUGUGAGAAAGAUGGUUCAGAAAUGGAUAUAUGCGAUGACUGGAAUAAUGUAUUGACAUUACAGUUUCUUGAUUUUGAGACAGAGUAUGAUACAGACUUUGUAACAGUUUUUAAUGUUGCAAGUACCACAAAUAAAAAAAAACAAUUGGCUGCUUUCUCUGGUUCUUCUCUACCACGACCAAUCAUAACUUCUGGACGACAUAUAAGUAUCAAGCUGACCUCAAACGAUGAAAAUACAUUUGCAGGAUUUCAUGCCAUUGUGAAAAAAGGUUGUGAUAACAUAAUAAUGAACCAGACUAGUGGUAUCAUCACUUCACCAGGAUAUGGUGUGUCCGCCUAUCGAGACAAAGUACAAUGCUCAUGGAAAAUAAUCAACCCACAGGGAUUACCAGUAAUUUUAGAGUUUACUGAAUUUGAAAUUAAACCCAAUGAUUAUAUUUCAAUAUUUGAUGGACAAGACAGUAACAGUGCAGUUAUUGUGAAUCAACAUAAUGGAGAGAACACUGGGAAGGUACUACCUCCAAUAGCAAGAUCAGAAAAUGGUGAACUCUUUGUGGUGUUUCACAGCGAUAAAUCAAAAAAAGCUAAAGGAUUCCAAGCGCAGUUUACAAGUGAGUGCCCACCUUUAGAAAUAUCCGAAGGAAUGCUCCUGAGUACACAUAACAGAACUGUAGGUGAAGUAUCAUUCAGCUGUACAAAUGGAUAUCAUCUUACUACUUCUACAUAUUCUAUGAUAACUUGUGAUUUGGGAGGUGUAUGGAAUUACGGUGGACAUGAUGGACCUCCAGAAUGUAGUCUGGUUACCUGUCUUGAACCCAACUCACCAAUUGAUGGUAUCAUUAUUAAUUUACAACAAAUGCAACUCAAUCAGUUUCAGUAUAAUUCAGUUGUACUGUAUACUUGCUUAACGGGCUAUCAAGCUGUAGGUGUCACCAUGGCAACCUGUCAGUAUGAUGGUACAUGGUCCAAUUCUGCUCCUGUGUGUGAACCUGUAUCUUGUGGUCAGCCUCCAUUACUAGAUAAUGGUUUCAUUUACAGUAUAACUAAUCGUACAUUCUAUGGUGUUGUAACGUAUCAGUGCAAUGUAGGAUAUAGUUUACAAGGCAGUAAUGAGGCCAGUUGUCAAGCUGACAUGUCAUGGGGACCCACCCUACCUACAUGUCAAUGUGCUCUAUGCUUAAAAUUGUUUGUUGAUGAGUCUACCACCAUCUUGACACCUGAAGAACCCCAUCGAGUGAAUGAUACAGUGGAGCUUACCUGCAAACAUGGCUAUACAGUCUCACCCAGUGAUGUUGCUACAACAACGAAAUGUAUCAGUGCAACUGUGUGGAGUCCUGAUUAUUUACCAUCAUGCAUUGAUAUCAAUGAAUGUCUCAGUAAUAUGGAUGAUUGUGAUCCUGCAACUCAGAUAUGUCAUAAUAUAGAUGGUACUUACGAAUGUUUAUGUGCUACUGGAUAUGAAAUAUCACCUGAAAAUCCAGAAAUAUGUCAAGAUAUCGACGAAUGUACUGAUGAUUCUUUAAACAAUUGUGAUCAGUUUUGUGUGAAUACUGUUGGACGAUUCAUGUGUGCAUGUGAAAGUGGAUUCACUUUGUAUACAUCCAAUGGCACCAAUGGAUUUUAUUUACCACCAAGUCAAACUGGAUAUAGUCCAUCUGAUAUUUAUAUCUUUAAUGUCACAUGUGUUGCUGUAAUGUGCCCUGUGUCAACACCGACAGAAGUCUGUAUGAUCACCUACCCUAAUGGUACGAUAUUCAACAAUAAUGGAUAUCUAAUUCCAGUGGACACUGUAAUUAGUAUCAUUCCGGCCGUAGGAUAUGUUGUGGAUGGUCCUAGGGAUGUAACAUGUACCAUUGAUGGUUCACUUGAUUUACCUAUGCCGCAGUGUAUUGCUGCAACCUGUCCAAAGCCAGAAGAUAUAGAUCACGGUAAUUGGUCUGCAUCUCAUCCUGAGUAUGGUUAUCUAAGUAUAGUUUCAUAUUUAUGUGAUGAGGGCUAUGCUAUGAAUACUGGUCCUGGUCUCAGAGUGUGUAAACGAGAGUCAGAGAGUUUAUAUGAAUGGUCUGGACCUUUACCUGUUUGCUCUAUUGACUGUGGAGUUCCUUCAGUCCCCACCAAUGGAAGUGUUGAAUUCACAAACACCAGUGAAGGUUUCACAGCAGUAUACGAUUGUAAUAUUGGUUAUGAAUUGUUUGGAUCUGAACAAAGGACUUGUCAAUCUAAUGGAACAUGGAGUGGCGAUAUAACACACUGUCAAUUAAUGUCUUGCGGUAACCCUGGGGUACCGGAUGGUGGUCAGCAACACGUAUAUGGUGGUUACUUCCUGGGUAGUACUAUAUAUUUCUCUUGCACUAGUCCUGGAUUUUCACCAGUUCCAGAUGUUCCUAUCCAGUGUCUCCUGGAAGGGUUUCCGGUUCAUGGUGAAGUGACUGCACAAGGUCAUCAACCUAGUAAUAAAACCAAAGAUAAACAAGAUGAAGAUGUUGCCGAAUGGAGUGGUCCAGUUCCAACAUGUAUUGAUGUUGAGCCACCCCAAGUAUCCUGCCCAGACACCCAAGUAGUUUUGACGAAUGACGUAGAAUAUGCAGUUUACUAUGAUCCUGUAGAAGCUACGGAUAAUGUGGCUGUGGCUGCUGUGAUGUAUAGUAAGACAAAUGGUACUGUAGUACCUACUCUUACAUUUGUGACUGUGACUGUGACAGCUGAAGAUGAUGCUGGCAACAUUGCAUCAUGUCUCUUCUAUGUUGAUGUACAGCCUGUUGAUUGCCCUGAAUGGAGUCUUGGCUCUCCAGAGGACCUACGCAGUUGUUCUGGAUUGGUUGUUGGCGAAACUGAAACUGGUUACUCGUGUAGUAUAACCUGUCCAGAUGGUACAGACUUCAUACAACCAUUACCAGAACCAGACGGAAUGUUUACUUGUGUAUAUGGUGAAGGUUGGAUGCCGCAUAAUAGAGUUCCACCAUGUGUAGAGACAACAUUACCUUCAUGUCAGUCACCACUAAAAGCCGACUUUACGACUGAUGUGCCUGUCACAGAUAUAAAAUGCUAUACAUUAUAUGGUGAAGAUAUCCGUAAUUUCUUUCUUGACAAAGUAGAGGAGGAAUUUAUUACGCUCUGUAGUUUGGAUGUAUGGGAAUCCAAUGUGGAACUCACUUUCCAUGUGUCCACCUAUGUUACUACUGACACACAAGUUGUGGUUGGAGUCAACUUGAAAUUUGCCAUCAAAGAUGAGAUAGAUCUCGAGUAUAUAGAGAUAUGUCAAGACAACCUAUCCAAUCAUAUUAUGAAUGAUAUAACAGAUUUAUCUGUCGACCUUGUAAAUUCAUCAUGUCCAGUUCUUGUGAUGAGUGACAUUGGGUUCUACAAACCCUCAGGUAGCGGUGAUUCAGCAUGCAAGUGUGACAACGGAGACGCAUUUAUCAAUCAGCGAUGCUUAACAUGCACGCCUGGUACAUAUGAAAAAAAUAAUGUGUGUUUAGAUUGUCCACUUGGUAAAUAUCAACCUGAACAUGGUAAAAGUACCUGUAGACCUUGUCAAGGUCAUCAUUCAACCCUCAAUGUUGGAACUAAAAAUGUUGAUAGCUGUAUAGAAUUAUGUGAAAAAGGUACAUUUUCCAGUACUGGUAUGUUGCCAUGUAAUGUCUGUCCUGUUGAUACCUUUGCAUCUGGCUUUGGAAACAUCGAGUGCCAACCCUGUCCAGAAGGGUUCAACAGUAAUGAAGGGUCUUCUGACUGUUUUGCCUACUGUGUACCAGGUACAUUUUCAUCAACUGGUCUUAAACCUUGUUUGCCAUGUGUUUUUGAUUUCUAUCAAAAUCUGUCCGGUGCUUCUUCUUGUAUUGAAUGUGCGGAUAAUGAGUACACGUUACAAGAUGGUGCACAGAGUUCAAAUGAAUGCAUAGAUGCCUGUAGUGAUGACCCAUGUCUGAACGGUGGUGUUUGUUCAGCAAGUGCUCAUUCAUGGCAUUGUCAAUGUCUGGAUAAUUAUUUUGGUGUUGCUUGUGAGAAUGUGUUCAGCUGUGACAAUAAUCCGUGUUUGAAUGGUGGUACAUGUGAACAAACAGAAGACUCUUAUUAUUGUAUCUGUCAAUCAGGAUAUAUUGGAGACAACUGCGAAAUUCAGCUGACUCUUUGCGACACUAAUCCCUGCUUACUUGGUGGUACAUGCUAUGAAGCCGAUAAUGAUGAUGGAUUUGUAUGUGAAUGUCCACCUGAUAUUCAGGGACAAUUCUGUGAAUCUAUUAUUGAUGACUGCCAUAGUUAUCCUUGUGGUUUCAAUGCUCUAUGCUUUGAUACUGGUUUCCAAGCCGUUGUAUGUAUGUGUUUUCCAGGCUAUUCUGGCGAAUUCUGCAACAUAAAUAACUGUCAUUCAGAUCCGUGUGAGAAUGGUGCAACAUGUGUCCCAUCAUCUGCUGGGUUUACCUGUACUUGUACUGCAGGUUUUACCGGUGACUUAUGUGAUAGCAGCAUUAAUGAUUGCGUCAUUGGUGUCUGUCAGAAUGGAGGCACAUGUCAUGAUGGAGACAAUGAAUUCACAUGUGAUUGCCCAAUUGGAUAUACAGGAGAAACGUGUGAAGAAAUGGAUACCAAGCCAUGUGAUCCUAAUCCGUGUUUGAAUUCUGGUGAAUGUAAUGAGUUGGAAAGUCCCUUUGAUUGCCAAUGUGCUGGUUUUCAAUGUCUGUGCACAUCAGCGUAUACAGGCACACUGUGUGAAAUUGAGGUUGAUGAAUGCUCCACCAAUCCAUGUAAUAACGGUGGCACAUGCACUGACUUAGUGGGUGCCUUUCAGUGUAUUUGUCCUGAUCAGUUUGUGGGGGAUACAUGUAAUGAGUUGUAUGAUCAUUGCGCUGAACAACCAGAAGCUUGUAUGAAUGGCGCUACCUGUACUAAUAUCAUUGGAACACUGGAAUGCAGUUGUACUAGUGGCUGGACUGGCAGUGAUUGCAAUGUUAGUAUAGAUGAUUGUAUUGGUACUCCUUGUUAUAAUGGCGGCACUUGUCUUGAUGGACAUAACUCAUUUACAUGUCACUGCCCAACAGGUUUUGAUGGAUUAAUGUGUGACUCUGAUAUUAAUGAAUGUGAUUCAUUGCUUGAUACAUGUAAGAAUGGUGCCACAUGUACUAAUUCAGUUGGGAGCUACCAGUGUUUGUGUCUUGAUGGUUAUGAAGGAGUCAACUGUGAGACGAAUACAGACGACUGUGUUGAUGCAUGCCAGAAUGAUGCAACCUGCACAGAUGGUAUAAACCAGUAUACUUGUACAUGUAGUGCAUUCUAUGAAGGAAUCAAUUGUGAAAAAGAAAAAUCAGAAGAAUUUGAUUUAUACCUAUGUGUGGAUGACAACAGUGCUAUGGCAAAGACGCAAGCAGUACAAUUUAACGUGAUGGAGUUUACCGCUGUAUUCUGGAUUCGAUAUGCCUUUGCUAUGGGUGGAGGUCAACCAUUUCAAUUACUUACAUCUGAAGACGGAUCCAACUUUGAUGUGUUUGUUGAAUUGCCGUCAUCGGAUAAUUUCAACAUUCUACAAGACACACUGUGGCAUCAUGUAGCAAUAAGAUGGUACAGUCUUAGCAAUAGUGCAGAGUGGUACAUUGAUGGUUCAUUGCUAAGCCAGUCUAGUUUGAGUAUUAACGCUGGCAAUCCAACCCCAGCCUGGUUGAGCUUAGUGAUUGGACAGUCUUCUGAGUUAGCUGAUAGUACCCAAGCAUUUCAUGGUGAAAUCAGUCAGUUUUAUGUUUACAAUACAGCCUGGGAAACAUCAGAAAUAUUGGAUGCGUCUUCUAACUGUGAUACCUUUGUUAGUACUGGGCAACUUAUACGAUGGUUGUAUGUUUUAUCUGAAAUGGUGGGUUGUGUUCAUGAGGUACGCCCAAUGUUAUGUGGUGAAAAUGAUUACUGUCCAUCUGUAGAAUUCUACCAAGGACUUGCAUGUCCUUUAGAUACCACUGAUGUUUGUUUAUCAGCGGGUCUUUACCUUGGUGUAAGUGGUGAGUGUGAACCUUGUCCUAGAGGCAUGUAUGGUGAAGAAAAUGAAUCAUUCUGCAGAUCUUGCCCAUUUAUGAAAACGACGAGUGAACCAGGAGCAGGCUCAGUGGAAGACUGUACAGAUGAUCCAUGUGAUGGCUAUUGUAAGAAUAAUGCUGAUUGUAUUAUUGAUGAUUUAGGUCACCCCGUAUGUACAUGUAAAAAUGGUGAAUCCGGUGUGAAAUGUCAACUGCUUCCCACGGAUGAUGAUUCUAAUACCACUAAAAUAGUUGGUAUUGUAAUUGGCAUCUUAUGUGCAAUAGCACUAGUUGUAAUUAUAUUCAUCGUUUCAAAAAGAUGUCUUCCACAAUCCAAAGAACUCAAUAAUGAAAAGGAAGGCGAAGACAGUUACAUAUUUGGUCGUCGAAUGUCCCAAUCCAUGUAUCAUGAAAUCCCAAGAGUCAAUUCUCUAAUGAUGACAGACAGAACAUUGGAUUCACCGAUUCCAUUCUUGAAUGAUCACAAUUAUCGCUACAAUUAUGCGUACCAAGAUGACAACAUUGAUGAACCACCGUAUGAGAAUGCUUAUUCAUAUCACGUAACUCCAUGUCCAAGUCAUGCAAGUAGUAUUCAACAUGAACCUCAGUUUGUUAACAUUAUGCCAUCAGAUGAGGUUUAUAUUUGUAACGGUGAAACAGUGCAUUAUUAUUAA